AUGUCAAAAGAACAGCAACCCAUUGACCAGGAGGCGAUUCAAUCCGCUCUUGCGGAUCUGGCGGGCCUCGAGAAGGAGUUUGAGAUGGUUGAUGUCGAUAUCCUACGCGAAACCACGAUUCGCCAGGCCCCGCUCUUCACGCGCCGCAACGCCCUCACCUCCCGCAUCCACAACUUCUGGCCCCUCACCUUUGAGCAGGCCUCGUCCGCCCUCCAAUUCGACGAGUUCGUCACCCCCGAGGACGCGCACAUCCUCGGCAAGUAUCUCCGCAACGUAAACGUCACUCGCCCUGACCUCACCACCGAGCCGCGCUCGGUCCGCAUCGAGUUUACGUUUGACGCGAACGAGUAUUUCGCUGAUGAGGUCCUGGCAAAGACUUUCGAGUACCAGCCGAGCGCGGGCGGGCUGGCGAGCAAGCCCGUGACUAUUGGCUGGAAGGAGGGCAAGGACUUGACGGAGGGGGUCACUGCUGCAGCGGCGGAGGCGUGGGAGGAGAGGGUCAAGGGCGUUAAGGGUGGGAAGGGGGCGAAGAAGCUGGAGGGGUUGAUGGAGAAGGGGCCGACGAGCUUCUUUAACUGGUUUGCGUGGACCGGGAGGCACGAGGCGCUCGGGGAGGUGCAUGAGCAUGCGGAGGGGGGUUGUGACCACGGCCACGAUGAGGAGGAGGAGGAUGAAGGGCCUGUCGAGGUGUUCCCGAACGGGGACGAGGUUGCGGUGCAGAUUUCGGAGGACAUGUAUCCGAACGCGCCAAAGUACUUUACUGAGGCCUUGGAGGAAGGCGAUGAUGAGGACGACGACGAGGAGAUCGAGCUCGACAGCGAGGCCGAGGAGGAGCUCGCCAAGAACGGGGCCUCCGCCCUCCUUGCCCAGAUGGGCAAGAAGGGCAAGCGCAACGGCGCCGGCGAGGCGCACGACAGCGAGGACGACGGCCCCGCCAAGAAGAAGUCCAGGAAGUAA